UGCAGGUUUAUAUGUAGGUCCUGAUGCGUAGAGUCAUGGGGUGGAAAACUUCUUAUGUGUGUGCAUUAUUGUUGCACCUUUGCGACACUUUGGACACUUCAUAUGUGAUCACAGUGGAUGUGGGCAGACCAGUUGGAGAGCUGAAACAUUUCUGGAGAAGCACCGGCUUCUGCCCUCCUCUCCCUCACACCGAGGCUGACCAGUUUGACCUGAGCACGGACCAGCAGCUCAACCUGGCCUAUGUGGGCUCUGUCCCCCAUGGAGGGAUUCAACAAGUCAGGAUCCACUGGAUACUGGAGCUGGUCACUGCACAAGACAUUGGCGGAGAACCUCAAUAUAACUUCACUAAACUGGACCAGCUGAUAGAUCUACUGUGGAUUAAUGGACUCCGACCAGGUUUCGAGUUGAUGGGGAGUGUGUCCAACUACUUCACUGACUUUGAGGAUAAAUCACAGGUGAUCAAGUGGAGGAACCUAGUUUAUCUCAUAGCCAAGCGCUACAUUGAUAGAUAUGGUUUAGGAAGUGUUUCUCAAUGGAACUUUGAAACAUGGAAUGAGCCCAACAAUCAUGAUUUUGAUAACGUCACAGUGUCAAUUCAAGGUUUUCUGAACUACUAUGAUGCCUGUUCGGAGGGUCUGCGUGCUGCCAGCCAUCGCCUCAGGUUUGGGGGUCCAGGAGACUCCUGUCAUUCCCCUCCUCAUUCUCCAUACUGCUGGGCCAUGCUUCAGCACUGCUACAAUGGCAUCAACUACUUCACUGGAGAAAAGGGGGUCCGAAUCGACUACAUCGCCCUGCACAAAAAGGGAGGAGGGUACUCUUUUCCCAUCCUCCAGCAGGAGAUCCAGACAAUGGCAGAGAUCCACAAACGUUUCCCCUUGUUCCGCAGCCUCCCUGUUUACAACGAUGAGGCUGACCCACUGGUGGGUUGGUCCAGGCCGCAGGAGUGGAGGGCUGAUGUGACCUACGCUGCCAUGGUGGUCAAGGUCAUCAACCAGCACCAGGACUUGCUAUUGGCAGACCCGAACAGCACCAUCAACUACACCCUGCUGAGCAAUGAUAACGCUUUCCUCAGCUACCAUCCACACCAGUUCACCCAGCGCACACUGACCGCUCGCUUCCAGGUCAACAACACCCAACCGCCUCAUGUACAGCUGAUCAGGAAACCCGUUCUCAUUGUCAUGGGCCUGUUGGCUUUUCUAGGAGAGACCCAGGUCCUGGCUCAGGUUAUGAACUCAGCAGGAACCACCAAUAGCACCGUGGGAGUUCUCGCCAGCAGCCACAAGCCUUUCAUACCUGGUACCUCAGACAGCUGGCAGGCAGUGGUGCUGGUCUACAACAGUGAUGACAACAAGACCUCCACAAAUACUGAUGAUGUCACUGUCUCACUGAGAGGAUUGCCUGAAGUAAAUGGUCUUGUGUAUGUCACAUAUUAUAUGGACAAUAACUCCACCAACCCAUAUCGACUAUGGCAAAGCAUGGGCAGCCCUGAUUACCCCACACCUGAACAGUUCAGACAGCUUCGGAGUGUGCAGGACCCUCAUGUUGGUGGACCCUGGCCUGUUCCUGCAGGAGACACUUUGACUCUUAAGGCCAAAUUAUCCGUCCCAUCCGUCCUCCUCAUCCAUGUUUGUGCCCAGCCCAAAGCUGUUCCAGACCAGGUAAAUGGUUUACGCUUCAUCAGAAUCACCAAAUCUCAAGUCCUGGUUAUCUGGUCUGACCACUGUGUUGAUUCCAAAUGCAUCAAGACAUUUGAAGUUGAAUUCUCUACAGACCUCAAGAAAUUCAGGAGAAUCAAUGUCCAAGACAUUAUUUUUACUUCAUUUGUUUACUCUCCUGUUGAUCAGGAAGUCACUGGGCUUUACAGAGUUCGAGCUGUGGACUAUUGGGGAAGACCUGGACCAUAUUCACUGACUGGGAGGUAUUCGGAGGAGCACAGUUAACACAAGACCAGGCUUUUAGCAUUGAUAUUUCCUUGUUGAAUUGUACAGUGUAAAUAAUAAUAAUGUAAGUAUAUAUUUUUAGGAGUGGCCUGAAUAUAUUAGUUUGGAUUGGAUUAAUGAUCAGCACCUCAUUCUGUAAUUUACCCUCAGUUAACGACUUAAUCUUCUGUUUUAAAAGUUUUAUAUUUUGUUUUAUUAAAAAGUUAUCAUUCAGUAUUUGUAAGAUCACACAGUCAUCUGAACAAUGACAAAGACAACAGCAAGUUUCUUUACAAAAUUUAUUGUCACCAAUAUCACAGUAGUAUCUCUUAACAGUGCAGAUGUUACCCAUCAGAAUGACAAUACAGUACAGUUGGUUGUAUCUUCAUUCUCACCCACAGUAACAGGUUUCAUUAGUUUAGGCUUUGGGGAAUAUAUUUGCAUUUUGGCAGGGUUACUUAUUUUUCCACGGGAAGUUGAAUUGGAUUUAUUCGAUAAUUCUCUCGCCCUUCUCUGAGACACAGCAAAUAAUAAACUUGAACAUAACAGGA